GAUACGACUCAGGUCUCUGCGGUGUGUGCCAUCAACGCGGGAAGAGCGACACGAUGUCCGGGUGGCGACGGUACUUGGCGGCCGCGUCGUUGGUCGUGCUCUGCACCCUGGUUCAGCCCACCGAACAGGGAAAGCUGCUCAAGAUUGCCUUGGCCGCAUCUGCGUUGGGCGGCCACCACGGAUUCAGCAUGGUGCCCAUCCCCAUACCCAUCCACCGGGAACACAAGCAGUACUACCCGGUGCACUACCCAGUUCCCGUACCGGUGUACCACAAGCACCACACCCAGCACAAGAUCCAUAACAUCCACCACCUGCACAAGAUUUACAUUCCGGUACACCACCACACCAAGACGGUGCAUCAUAAGCACUACUUGCAUCACCACGGCCACGGUCACGGCCACUACGGUCACGGCCACGAUCACCAUGGCCAUGGGCACGGCGGCUAUGGUGGCCACGGGAGCCACAAGGUCUACAUCAUUCACAAGCAUGGUGGCUACCGCUGGCACCGCAGGCGGUAGUAUCACCUGGCCGCACGGGAGUGCUG